AUGAAAAAGGCCGACGGAUCCUUGCAGCUCAUCCAGAUGAGCUCUGACAAAUUGUCAUACGCAAUUGUCAAGGAUAUCGGAGAGCCGGGUGCGUUCGACGAGGCCAUCAAAUCCAACCCCGAUUUCGAAGGAGUCAUUCACUGCACCAGCCUUUUUCAUUUUGAUAUUCAGGAUGCCAAGAAGGAUUUGUUCGACCCUGCAAUCAAUGGUACCGUUAACGUUAUGCGGGCGAUCAAAGCCCACGCCCCUUCGGUGAGACGUGUUGUCGUUACUUCAUCCAUUGCAGCUAUGCUCAACAUGAAGAACCACCCGGAUACAUAUACCGAGAAUCACUGGAAUCCUGUGAGUCACGAGGAAGCCGCGUCAAAUCCCGCAGACGGUUACAGGGGCAGCAAGACAUUCGCUGAGAAAGCUGCGUGGAAAUUUAUCGAAGACGAGAAACCGGAAUUUACUUUAGCAUCAAUCAACCCGCCAGUCGUCUUUGGACCUAUCGCGCAUUAUCUCAACUCUCUUGACCGUAUCAACACUUCUAAUGCCCGUUUCCGAGACAUGAUCUCGGGCAAGAUGCACGAAAAGCUAGCUCCCACCGCAACCUUCUACUUGGUUGACGUACAUGAUGUGGCCUUGGCUCAUGUGCGAGCCCUAGAAACGGAAAGUGCAGCAGGGCACAGAUUUAUUACGUCUGGGUCAACAUUCACCAACGCAGAAAUUGCGGAUGUAAUCAAGACCAAGUUCCCGGAGCUGAGCACUAAGCUGCCAGAGUCAUGGAGUAGCGACCUCCCUGGAGGGCUGUACGGCAUUGACACUAGCAAGGCUCGAGAGGUUUUGAACGUUGAAUUCAGCUUGUUGGAUCAGUGCGUGGAGAGCACCGUCAAGUCAUUCUUGAAAGUUCAGACUUAA